AUGGGCUGCUGUGGUGGCCGUCGUGACGACGACGACUUGGCCGAUGUGAAGGCGGAGCAAAAAUGGAGCUACAUCACGCUGUCAGACUUCAAGACGAGCUCGUGUUUUGCUCCUUUUUCCUACGGCAUUCUCUACAUCACGAUCUUUACGUCAAUAGCCGUCUACGGCGUCGACUCCUUCACUGCAAUCAACCUGCUGGUCUUUUCUCGCUGGUCGUCGCAAAUCAAACCUAAGAUUCCGUUUACCAUUUCAAAAUGGAUUUUCGCCGGCUGCAUCAUUCUCUCCUUUGUGUUGCUCGCGUACCGCUGGAUCCGUGCCAUUCGGGUCAUACGCUCGGGUGGCGUGGCUCCCAGUUACCUCGACCCAGUCGCCGUUCGAAUUCAGAGUACGCGAAUGGGAAGUGAGGGUCAGGGGUAUCGACGGUUCCUGGUCUUUGCUGAAUUAACAAAGAGUAGGAAAGGCGCUGAUUACGUGGCUUUGUUCACAUAUUUCAACUUUGAAGCCAGUUUACGGGUCAUAUUCGCCGAGGGUCCCCGUCAAGUCAUCAAUGCCAUGACUCUGUAUUCGGUGAUGCAGCUGAAUCUAAUCCCGACCGGCCACAAUGCCGCUCCCGCUGACACAUCUCCAGUAAAGCAAUUUUUCAUUAAUAUUAAAGUGUUGGCUGAGAAAGAUAGACUCCAGGCGACUAUCCUUUUUGCCAUGCUUUUCACCCUCGUCAUCUGGGUGGUCUCCAUCCUAAGCUUAGCAGUUUCUGUGAUAUUAUAUGUCGUGUUUUUGUGGCACCACAUUCCAACAGAAGAUGGAACGCUCAAGACAUACUGCCGCCGCAAGAUUAACCGACGACUCGAGCGCAUAGUUAAAAGAAAGGUCAAUAAAGCUCUAGCCAAGGGGCUUGCGCUGCAAGAUCGAACUCGUGCGGAUUUGGAACCUGGCUUGGAUGGCUCCAAACGACAGCCAACCUUGCCUAAUUUAGGCUAUACGGGAAGCAGCGCAGCAUCAGAUAUUUCGUCUAUGCCUGGCCUAUCCCGACAAACCACCACUACUACUUUGCCUCCAUAUUCCAGGGCACCACCUUCAGUUGCCAGCUUUCCGUUAGACCGCAAACCAACACUACCCGAUAUGAAAUUAGAUAGUGGCAGUUUUACCUCUGCAACCCCCGCUCCGCAAUUGGAUGACACUGCGUCUUUGGUGAACAACGCGCAGGCAUUCGGUUACAACGCAUCCACUCCAUAUCCGACCAAUGGGCCGCCAGCAUGGCCAGAGAGAUACGGAACACCGGUAUCCUCGAUGAGUGACUAUAGGCCUCCCACCGCCCAAGCUGCCCAAAGACCUCGGACUCCUCUCGAUCCAUUUGCGCGAGGAAGUCCCGCGCCAGAAAACAACUUUGGCAGGCGGCCACCGUUUUCUCCCUCGAUGCCAGAUCGAUCGAUGACCGCUCCAAUCCCAAGUGCUACUCCAGAUCCGUCAUAUCGCAAUUUUACUCGGCCAUGGCCGGCUCCGGUCUUACAGCAAGGCCCCAGGAUGCAAACUCCUGGACCUCCUCGUGCAGGCACCGCUCCGCCGCCCCAAGGAGGCCCGUUUAACCCGAACUUUCGAUAUUAA